AUGUCGUCUGUUCACUGUGUGGUGGUAUGGGAGUGGCAGUGCAAUGGACAGUGGCUACCACACUCGCCUGGAGUGGCACGCACUUUGGAGCGUGCACAUGCUAAGAAGUUGACACGGGUUGUACUAGCAGAUGCCGAUCCAGCAUUAAAGGGCCACUAUGUAAAUCUGUUGACGCUCACACAAUGUUCUGAUGGACCAGAGAGCGGCGGGUGCGGUGGUGCGGAGUGUGCAGUGCGGCGCGCCUGCUACAGCGUGCAGUCGCCGGGCGGGCGGGGGGCGCGCUGGGAGUGGGCGCGCGUCGCCGACUCGGCGCGCGCCGCCCGCCUCCGCUACGAGCCGUUGCCCAUGCAGAUCCAGUGCCGGCUGGAGGAGGCGUGGGCGCGCGGCGGCGAGGCGGUCCCCUUCGAGGGCUGGCUGGCGUCGCUGUCGCGCAUGACGGCGCGCGCGGUGGGCCCGCCCGCCGCGCCGCAGCUGCGCCUGCUUCGCCGCGCCGCGCAGCCGCCCUACCCGCUCGCGCCGCGCCCCCGCCCCGCCCACGCCCCCGCGCCCGCCCACCACCGCCCGCCCCCCGCGCCCUCGCUCCCCGCCCUGCCGCCCCCGCCCCCCCCCCCGCCCCAGCCCCCGCCGCUCGCCGUCAGCGGCGUGCGCAGCGUCUCCCCGCGCGACCGCAAACCGGGCCUGGCGCGACAGAUACUGCACAAUCUCAACAUAUUCAGCCACAGUAGCAGGGGCGCGGAGUUGACGGGGCCGCCGUCGGGCUCGGGGGCCGACGGAGAGCUGGAGGCGGAGGGGGAGGCGGAGGGGGAGGGCGAGGGCGAGGGGGAGGAGAGGGGGGGGCGCGACGAGUGCGCCAGCGCACGGUCCGCGCGGCGUCACAGCGUCGACACGGUGUCCACCUACCUCAGCCACGAGAGCAAGGAGAGCCUGCAGGCGGCCGUGGGCGAGCUGCUCAACUGCAGCACCGGCAGCGACGACGUGUUCGAGCCGCCGCAGCCGCCCCUCGCAGGAAUCGCCAUCCCGGAUAGCGGCUGCUUCACGGACUCAUCGCAGGAGGCGGAGCCCAGCGAGUGCGAGGGGUGCAGCGAGUGCGAGGAGUGCGGCCAGGGCGGCCAGGGCGGACAGGGCGGCCAGGGCGGCCAGGGCGGACAGGGCGGCCAGGGCGGCCAGGGCGGACAGGGCGCCUGGGCGUGGCCCCUCGACGCCCUCUGCCAGGAGGAGUUGGCGUACGCUGGCAUCGGCUUGGAGGGGUGCGGGUGCGGGUGCGGGUGGUGCGGUGCGGGGGGCGGGCAGGGGCCGGAGGGGGGGCCGGCGGGGGCGGAGGGCGAGCAGCCGCGCGGCAGCAUGGCGUGGCGGCUGCAGCAGGCCGCGCUGCCCACCCACCCACACGCCGCCUCCAUACUCGUCACGUACCGGUUCCAGUCGGGGCGGCAGGGCGCGCGCCACCCGUCGCCGGGCGCGCCCUACUAUGCGGUCGGCUUCCCGCGCCACUCGCUGCUGCCGGACACCGCGCUGGGGCGACAGGUGCUGUCGCUGCUGCGCGCCGCGUGGGAGCGGCGGCGGCUGUUCACGGUGGCCGCGUCGCGCACCACGGGCCGCGAGCACGUGGUGGCGUGGCGCGUACCGCCGCCGCCCGCCGCGCCCCACCACUACGCCGCGGGCGGCGAGCCCGACGCGCCCGACGCGCCCGACGCGGCGCUGCACGCGGCCGUGCGCCGCCUGGCGCGGCUGCUGCGCGACUGCCGCCCCCCGCCGCCCCCGCGCCCCCGCCCCGCCCAU